AUGCGUCCAAUCUCCAGAGCCGUCCUUCGGCCGUAUGUUUGCCCAACUUGCCGGCAGGGCAUUAGCGCUGGCCGGCGGCGAUUUGGGUCUAAGUCGGAUUCCCCCGACCUCUACGAUGUGGUUUGUGUUGGAGGCGGCCCCGCGGGCCUAGGGUUAUUGGCUGCACUUCGAGCAUCACCUAUUACCUCAAAGCUCAAAGUCGCCCUCAUCGAGAGCCAGGAUCUCCGCAAAGCCAAAGCCUGGGACCUCGAACCGAACCAGUUCUCCAACAGGGUCAGCAGCUUGACUCCCUCGACCGUGUCUUUCCUGCGUAGCAUUGGCGCCUACAAUCACCUCGAUGUCAAUCGCGUGCAAGAAUACCAGGACAUGCAGGUCUGGGACGGCCAAACCGGGUCCCGAAUAUCAUUCGAUUGGUCAAUGGAGACAUCCCCAUUUGAAGACAUGCGCACUGUAGCAACAAUGACCGAGAACGCGAACCUGGUGCGCGCCUUGCUGCGCCGAAUCGCCGACUCAGGCGACGAGAACCUCUCCCUCUUCUCAAACGCCACAGUCGCCUCCAUCGAGAACGGCUCAGACCUCAAACCCGAAGGUCCCGACCUCUCAGCCUGGCCAGUCCUCACCGUCAAGCCCACAGGCCCAGCCGCGGAAACAGAGACACCCAAGCGCAUCGCCGCCCGCCUCCUCGUCGGCGCAGACGGCAUCAACAGCCCCGUCCGCUCCUUCGCAGACAUCCCCACCCAAGGCUGGGACUACGGCCGCCACGGCGUCGUUGCAACCCUCGCUCUCGACGAGCCAGCCACCCCACCCUUCCCUGCCUCAAAGCGCACAGCAUACCAGCGCUUCCUCCCCGCUCUCGGCGGCCCCAUCGCCCUCCUCCCCCUACCAGAUAACCAUGCAACCCUCGUCUGGUCAACAACCCCCGAGAACGCCGCCUACCUAAAGUCCCUCCCAACCCCGGCCUUCCUCGCCAUGGUCAACGCCGCCUUCCGUCUCGACAUGACAGACCUCACCUACAUGAUGGGCAUGCAAUCCUCCUCUUCCGAUUCCACAUCCCACCAAGACGAACUCACCUGGCGCGCCCAGCACACCCCCUCCCAUCCCAAAUCCCUCCCGCGGCAACAGCCGUACAGACAGGAACAGUCGCGUCCUUCCCUCUGCGCUUCCGACACGCGGCGCAGUACAUCUCGCCGCGCAUUGCGCUCGUCGGCGACGCCGCGCACGUCAUCCACCCGCUCGCGGGACAGGGCUCUUAAUCUCGGCUUGGCGGAUGUUGCUUCGCUCUCGAAGACUAUUCAGUAUGCUGUCUCGCAUGGAAUGGACAUUGGUGACUUGCUUACUCUCGAGCGAUACUCGUCUGAGCGGUACUUGCCCGAUGCGAAGAUCGGCGGCGCUUGCGAUCUCCUGCAUAAAAUGUAUAAUGUUCCUGGUGAAGGGCCUGUUGCUUGGGCGCGCAGUCUUGGACUAGGCGUUGUUGAUCGGUUGCCUUUUGUCAAGUCGUUCUUGAUGAAGAAUGCGGAGGGAUAUUAG